UUCCAUACAUUCAUCCCAAACCGCAAGAACAAACAAAGAUCUAUAAAACCAAAUUCCCAAUCCAAAUUAAACCAAAAAUGUCUCUAGUGACAGACGAAAUUAGAGCAUCUGCUUCAGAAGUCUACCAUGGGGAUGCAAUCUGUCAAGAAAAAUCUAAGUUUCUGCUCACAGAAAUGUCACUUCCCAAUGGUCUCUUGCCUUUAGAAGACAUCGAGGAAUGUGGUUAUGUGAAAGACACCGGCUUUGUGUGGCUUAAGCAAAAGAAAGAGAAGAAACACAAGUUUGAAAAAAUCGGAAAGCUUGUAUCAUAUGGAACAGAAGUAACGGCGACCAUAGAGAAGGGGAAGAUCAAGAAACUUACGGGUGUUAAGACUAAGGAGCUUAUGCUGUGGAUCACACUUAGUGAUAUAACUGUUAAUGAAUCCAACCCUGAUAAGAUCAGUUUCCAGGCCACUUCUGGCUUAUAUAGAACUUUUCCAGUGUCGGCUUUUCAAGUUGAGGAUGUGAAGAAAGAUGUGGGUGUGGCAAAGGAUGCUAAAGUAGUUGAAGGGGAUGUGACUAAGGAAACCCAAGUCAAGGAGGUUUGAGUAAGUGUUUUGCACAAUAAUAAUUAAAUAUAAUGAAGUUUACAUUAUAUAUAUAGCACGCAAGUAAUCCUUUUUUUUAUGAAUUUCACUUUAUGAUGUAUCAUCUUAUCAAUAAUGAAAGAUCUACUGGUUCAUGUUUAGAAGUAUGAGUUUUGUUAUCGGAUUUCUUUCUAUAAUGUAUUCUUCCUAUAUUAUAACCAAAUAUAAUGAUAUUUUGAUCGUA